AAAAGUGAAUGUGAGUACACAGUUCAUCGAAGUUGCGCUGUCAGAAGCAGGUGUUCAUAAGAGAGGCGGAAGACGCCUGAACAUGCGUGUGUUUACCGCAUCGUUUAGCUGAUUUUUACCAAACGUACAAAAUGAAACAACAGUGAGUGAGUGAAUAUUUCCGUGUUCUUCGAAUAUACGAUCACGUCAUCGACCGCACUCAUGGAUAAAUCAAAAAUGAAUUCACGGAACCCGUUUCUGCGUCCAUGGAUGGAAAAUAAUGGUGCAGCUGCCGCAGCUGCGGCUGGGAGCAUGGGUUUGAAGGGAAUCAUUGCAGGUGGAAUUACGGGUGGCAUAGAAAUCUGUAUUACUUUUCCGACAGAGUACGUAAAAACCCAGUUACAGCUGGAUGAGAAAGGUGCUACAAAACAGUAUUCAGGAAUAUUUGACUGUGUUAAAAAGACUGUGCGGAGCCAUGGUUUUUUCGGACUCUACCGUGGUCUCAGUGUGCUUCUUUAUGGCUCCAUUCCAAAAUCUGCUGUACGGUUUGGUACAUUUGAAUCUAUUAAGAAGCGCAUGGUUGACACAGACGGAAAUCUUUCUCCAAGCCGCAGACUUCUUUGUGGGCUCGGAGCUGGUGUAGGUGAGGCAGUUCUUGCUGUAACACCUAUGGAAACUGUUAAGGUGAAAUUCAUCAACGAUCAACGCUCUGCCAACCCUAAAUUUCGAGGGUUUUUUCAUGGAGUGGCAGUAAUAGUCAGAGAACAAGGUUUUCGAGGAGUCUAUCAGGGUGUAACAGCAACAAUCAUGAAGCAAGGCAGCAAUCAGGCAAUCCGCUUCUUUGUUAUGGAAACUUUAAAAGACUGGUAUCGAAAGGGUGAUCCCAAACAGCCUGUUCCAAAACUACUCACAGGUCUAUUUGGGGCAAUAGCUGGUGCUGCCUCUGUCUUCGGGAACACACCUAUUGAUGUUGUCAAAACAAGAAUGCAAGGGCUUGAAGCAUCAAAAUACAAAAAUACGUUUGACUGUUUCUAUAAAAUAUGGAAGAAUGAAGGCCCAUUUGCGUUCUAUAAAGGAACAGUUCCACGUCUGGGCAGAGUAUGCUUGGAUGUAGCAAUUACAUUCAUGAUUUACGACUCGUUCAUGGAAUUGUUUAACAAGAUCUGGCCAUGAAGACUGACAUACAUACUGUGAGUGACCAGCUCUCUUACCUUGCCAGGUUGGAGUUACUAUUGUUUGAACAGCUGUGCUGUUAGAAUGUUUUAAAAUAUGCAUGUACUGUGGUUUCUUUAUAUAUUGUUGAGUUUAUUUUUGUUUAUUUCUAUAGUUCGUUUUUUUGCAGAUUAACAAAAGUUAAACGUAUUUAAUGCUGUGUUUUAACAUUCCCUUUUUGUAUUAUACUUUUAAUGUGUGUGAAUUUUGUGCACAAAAAUAACUUUCCCUUUUGUGGAAAAUAUAAGUACAAAACAGCUAAGUGCAAUACUAUGUUCUCGAUCUGGCUGCUGCAAUGUGAAAAAUGGAAGUGCUGAAUUUUUAGUAAUGCUAAGAAAGUUGCACAGAGUAAGUGGUAUGUUGUGGCUGAUUAAUUUUCACAUAGCAGAUAAGCCAGCAGCAGCUUCCAAGCUUGUUUCUCAGACUGACCUAUAGAAAUAAAAAGCUUGAUAUUCUUUAAACAGUCAUUGAAUUUAUUGGCUGUGUGUUUUAAUGGCUGACACAUAGUGUAAUAAAUUGUACAAAUCAGUAACUUUUAAUGAAGUUACACAGAGCAUAAUUUAUUGUGCUUCGUGGAACAAAUUCAGAGUUUUUAUUUUUAUAUUUUGUUUUGUGUAUUGAUUUCAUUCAUUAUAUAGGGAUCUAGUUUAUACUAAACCCACACUUACCAUUUUCAAUUUCUAAAAUACAAACUUCUUGGCUAGAAAGUGCAUUGUAGAUAAUGACUGUGGUACACCAAUUUUGUGCAGUCUGCAUAACUUCAGCACCUGAACUGUGAGACUGAUCAUUUCUAACUUCCUAGUACUUCAUGGUAAGCGUUCAAAUAAUAAAAUUACUCUCUCUACUCCCAACAAUUAAUCUGCACAGCAUGAAAUAAUUUUGACAAACAAAUCAAAAAGUAUUUUGUUGACCGUGCUAAAUCCUUUUACAAUUUCCAUGGCAUGUAGCAUCAAAUAAUAAUAAAAUGUGUGACUCAAUAAUAAAAUGUGUGACUCAAACAGCAGCUUUACAAAAUUGUACAUAGAUUUAGGACACAAAAUUCCUUCUAUACUUUAUACUAACAUUACUGUACCAUUGAACAUUAAAUAUGGUUUGAUACU